UGGCCCAUGCCACACCCGACCCGAGCACCACCCACUCCCCGCUCCCCCCACUCCGAGUCCCCAGCUCCAAAGGCACGCCGCCGCCGCCGCCGCCAUCCAUCCAUCUCCGCCGCUGCCGCCGCCUACCUAUUCCACCCAAGAACCGUAGCCAGCGCUCGCGGCGGACACACGGCAUGGAGGAGCAGAUGUCGAGGCUCACCCACGACCUAAUGGCGGAGAUCCUCUCUCGCGUGCCCUACAAAUCACUCUGCAUCUGCAAGUGUGUGUGCCCUGCCUGGCGCGACCUCAUCGCAGAUCCGGAGAGUCGGAAGAAGAUUGUGCAGUCCCUGGCCGGUUUCUUCUACCACAUCCCGGCCGACUCUGCCGAGCCCCGCGGCUUGGCCGUCAACUACGCCGACCUCUCUGCCUUCCCUUGGUCCAGCGUGCCCAGGACCUACCCGCGCCUGCCACUACCGCCAGACAGCGCAGACUGUUCCUUCACUCUCAAGGAUUCCUGCGAUGGGCUGUUUCUUACCCGGAUUGGGACGGGCACGCCGGAGCUACAGUUUCGCUACAUGGUCUCCAAUCCAGCUACCGACGAGCACUGGGUUCCCCCGGUUGUGACAGGAGUCAACAUUUACUCUUCAGAAACUGGUGCAUGGGUAGCAAUGGAACCCAAAUGGGACAUCCAAGUUAGCUUGUGCGGCGGUCCACCUGGAGUUUUCCAUAAGGGGUGUUUGCACCUGCUCAUACAUCUUGAUGGGUUGGCAAUACUUGAUGCACAAGGGCUAAACUGGAGGACCAUCCCCGUGCCAAAUUUCAUCGACCCGAGUUUCUCGGGUUUCAUCGGAAAAUCUGCAGGACAACUGUUCUAUAUCAACUCUGACGACAGUGAAGAAGGAUAUGGCUCGACCUCAUUCUCAACUAUAUCUGUCUACGUUCUUAGCAGCGGGAUUUAUAACUGGGAUGCGUCUUAUUUGGACGACGGAUGCGCGCAUUGGAUAUUGUUGCACAAGCUUUCAGAUGUGAUUCCAAAGGAGAAUUUUUGUCUCGGCUGGGACCUCAAAGUCAUCGGAGUACACCCACAUGCCAAUAUCAUCUUUAUGGCUGAUUUCAACAAUAAUGAGCUGUUGGCAUAUGAUUUGGAUCAUCGUGAAAGUACAGCUGUACACCACAUUGAGCGGACCUACCUCGCACAUGAGCAAUAUUUCCCAUAUGUGCCACUGCUGUCCAGCCUACGGCUGCCAACGCCCAGUUGAUGAAUGUUCCGCUGAUUGAAAAUGGGAAGGCAUGGAUGAGGUGCUCAGUUGGCCGUUGCGUUUUCAAGUGAACUCUUCACAAAGAUUCAAACGGAGAUGCUGUAUUGUUCAUAGAAAAUGCUACCUUUAGUUUCAGUUUGAUCUGCAUUGGUUUUCAUUUCUAGUAUUUGUGUCAUUGGAUGUUUCCCUCAUGGAUGUGUUAGUCUGAGUUGUAGUAUACUCUAUGCCUUUUGAUGGGCAACAAGUAUGGCUGUAUAAGACAUUUCCGUGUGUACCUCCAUUGGCUAAGCCAGAAUUAUUUAUCUUCUA